UGCCAAAAAAUCAGUUUCAGAAGAUUAGGUGGUGCGGAAAUUCGGCCCUUUACCCCCUUCCCUUACCUUACCUUUUUCAUUCAAAAGAAUGUUUCUGAUUCAAUCUUUUCUGAUUUCACGCUUCGAUUGUUUUCGUUGUCUCUCGCAAGUUUGAUUUUUUUUUAUCUAUCUCCAAUUCAAAUUCAAAUUCAAAUUCAAAGGAAUUUAUGACUCUUUAUGAGCUAGAUCCUGACGUAGUGAGGUGGAAUCUUCACCUUAUUGAUGUUUGCGGUAUAAACAAUGGUGGUUCUCUCCGAACUGUUACUCAAUAUGACACAGAUUUUUCUCAGCUUGGGUAUGCAACUGAAGGUUAUGCUCAGCCUAUGCAUAUUAACGUCGAGAAUGAUGAGGUAAUUGCCCAUGCUCUUCAGGAGGAACUAUCACGGCUUUCACUCGACGAAUCCAUAGGAUCUUCACACACUGAUGAAGAACAACAUCGAAAAGCAUCAGUUCUUGCUCAGGAUUGGGCUGCACCCUCUAUGACGUUUUCCAAUUUCGCAGUUGAUGGCAUUCAGGAAGACGCAGAUAGUACUGGAUUUUGCCCUCUUACAGGUACAUCAUCCAAUUGGGAGUCACCAGAGAUAGAGGAUGAAUCUCUUCUUGAUGGUGAAGUUGGAAAACGUUUGAAUCAGUUGGAUGCCAUCCCUCAUGUUCCCAAAAUUAAUGGAGAUAUACCCUCAGUAGAUGAAGCCAAAUCCGAUCAUCAAAGGCUGAUGGAUAGGUUGGAAGUAUAUGAUCUAGUUGAGUUAAAAGUUUCUGGAGAUGGCAAUUGUCAGUUCCGCUCACUGUCGGACCAAAUAUAUCGCAGUACUGAGCAUCACAAAUUUGUGAGGGAACAAGUUGUUAAACAGCUCAAGUCCCAUAGGGAGUUGUAUGAGGGUUAUGUUCCAAUGGUCUAUGAUGAAUACUUGAAGAAAAUGAGCAAGGCUGGCGAAUGGGGUGAUCACGUAACUUUGCAGGCUGCUGCAGAUUCAAUUGACUGGAACACCAAAAUUUGGGCUACAGUGGUAGUUGUGAGAUCUGUGGAAAUUGAUUGGUUAUACGAUGGGGCAUUAGAAGUCAACUAUUUACAAGCUAGCCUUCAGUGCCAUUCUUGAUUAAACAGAGGUCUGGUGCUUGCUUAGUCAGGUUACUCCUGUUUGAAUAAGCCGGCUUCAGUACUUAUUAGAGGAUGGAUCUUCUUUAGAGAAGAAAGCUCUUAAUGAUGUAUUUGGAUAGAUUCCAUUCUUAAUGAGGUCUUCAGUGCUAUUGUAUGUUGUACAAUAUAACAGUUCUCUUUAAAACAAUGAACAGUGAGAAGUAGGCAUUGAAAAGUUCUUAUCAUUUUUAGACAAUCUGUUUAUUAGAUCAAGUGAAGUGACUUUGUAUUAAAUGAGUCGACCCUGCCAGUAUUUGCUCUUGAUCCCAGUAGCUUUGACGGCUUAAAUGUGUGUCUGAAUGAGACGUUAUGAAAUUUUGGCAUAAAGCCGCUCUCAAAAUACUAUAACAGGAAGAGCUUGUAUUGACAAAAAUAUGAGCUCUUCCGAUUCUUAAGUAAAACCCCUGGAUUUACCGCAAUUGUCAAUGGCUUCUUGAUUUUUUCAGAGAGGGAGAUUGCCCCUGGCUUGAGUUACUUUGGGUUCCAAGUCGUUGUCCCUAUUCUUGUUGAUGGAUUUAGGUCUUCUUGAUGUAAAUUCUUUCUCUGACCUCUUCUGUGUAUGAACUGUAGUUUCUUGACUAAGAAUUUCUGAAUUCUGUUUUUGUGACCUUGUUAUUCCAGGCUCUAGCUAGAAAAAAUAAAACUCAGAAAGAUCUGAAAUUGGAUAUAUCGUGGGCAAACAAAACAUUAUAAAUUCAAAAGAACUGAGAAAUGUAACCUGAUAAAAUCUGUUAUUAGGAAUUUCAGGAAGCAUGUUGAGGAAUCUGAAAGUAGAUUUGCUUAUGAUAUCAUUCCUUUGCUUUGUUAUUAUUGGUUCAUUUAUGAGUGGAGCACAAAACCUACAACAAUUAUAUAGAAGACAAACAUAAGCCUAGAACUGUGUUCUGUGUCAGGAAACAUUCUUUGUUGACUUCCAUCAACCAGAAGAAAUUUGGGCUGAUUUUGUUUUUUCGCAAACAAGUACAAGGAGAAUUUAAUUUAGGGCUCUUCGUAAUGAUUGCUGGAUGAAAUUAGUUAUUCACAUUGUGGCCCUUUAGUCGUCACCCAUGCAACAAAUGCCAAAACUGAUAGUGAUAACGUGUUAUUUUGCCCCCAAGGCCUAGCGCGAGUGGCAAAAGAUGGAGGAUUUGUGGCUUAGAUUGCAGGUUCAAGCUCCACACCAUGCAAAACAAAGCCGGGUAUUUAAGUGGAUAAGGGUAGAGGGGCAGGCCCAUUAUCCCCAAAAAUUAGAAGGCUGUAAUUGGUCCAAAGGGCGGGUCACAUACGGAUUUCUCAAUUAUCAAAAACAAAAAAAACAUGUUUUUUUAUAGAACUAGAAAUCAGUAGCAAGAAGAACAACCCUCUAAAGCAGGAACUUUUUAUAGAUUUUAAUACAGGGUUUCAAAAGGUUUAAGACUUGCUUACUUUAGAAUCAAUAUCUUGUUCUGUAAUGAUUCUAAAAUGUAAAUCAUCUUAUUCCUUGUUUCCAAAAUUUGGUGUUUCUAGCCUCUGUGUGUAAAAGAUUUAGUUACCUGAUUAAGUGUGUGACUAUCUCAUCGCUGUUAUAGGGAUAUUACUUUUAUUUGCUUAGUUGUAUUCAUCUAAAAUGUUAAGUUGUUAGUCAUAGUACACUUUUAUUCACUUAAUUGUAUUCUCAACAUGUUCCUUCCCAUGUGGGCCAUUCUUUUUCAUGGGUCAAGCUUGUGGAAAUUCUUUUUAGGCUUAAUACAUACAUUCUCCUGAGGUUGUCCCCUUAUUUCUGUUACGCACCCCUUGACCACAUGAAUUACCCUAGACACCAAAAUUUGUUUAAAGUGUAGCUUUUACACCCUUUUGUGUUUAACCACUUCAGAAAACAGGGUUUAUUUUCACGCUCUAACAAUGGUGUGAUUUGUGUCAUUAAUUUUUUAAAGAUAAAACACUUGCAAUUACAAUUACAAUCAUACCCCUUAGCCAUUCUCCCUUCAUCUUUUUCUUCGUUAGUGCAACCGCACAGCCGCAAACCACCAGAAAACCCAGAACCAUCACCUUCCUAUUGAAACCAAAACAUAGGAACUUAAAUCAAUUUUAGUCCCAAUUACAGAUUUAAAUUUAAUCCAAAAAAAAUAGGACUAGAACUUUCAAACUCCAUCCUCCUCCUCACUUGCAACUGAUUUACAAACCCAGAAUUUUUCCGGCUGAGUGAAAGAGAGACCUGCAUAGAAAUUUAAAUUUACAUAUUUUGGGACUUCCUUCCUACGAGCUGUUUACUGCAUAUGGGUAAAUUGGUGAUAUCAAAUCCCUCAUAUGAGAUAGUAGAGCCAUUCUCUGGAUCUUGGCCAGAAUUUUCUCCACUGACCAUUUCUACCUCCUGUUACUUCACACACUUGAGUUCUUUAUAGAAUUGGCAAAUAGGAGAUGAAUUAUGCAGUAGAAUUAUGGUACCUUUCUGGUGUGAAAUAACUGAUGGAUAUAAUUUUAAGGUGGAAACUUGUGAUUUUUGGCUGGUAGUUAUGGCAAUGGUUAAGAGGAGGUGGCUCUGGU